GAACUUAUCAAAUCGGAAAUAAGAUUCACAGUGUAAGCAGAAAUCAAGAAGCGAAGUUGAAGAGGAAGAGAAAGAUGGCGCUGAACAUUACUGGCCAGAUCGGUUCCCUGUGCGGUUCCCCGUUCCCGGAGCAGUCUGGCGGCGGAGAUCAGCCGGCGGCAGUUUCGGCGCUUUGGAAGCCGGUGGCGGCAGGGGGAAACCUGCGGUGCCGGAUCCGGCAGCCUGGAGGGCAGGAUCUGGAUUCCCUUACGCCACCAGUGAGCCCGUGCCGAUCGCCGGUUUUGGGAGCCUUGCGACCGGAUUUGACGAUGGCGUGCCAGGCUCUGAUGACUGAUGCGGCGGUGGAAGAGGGCGUGGAGCUCGAGCACGGGGGAUUAGGAACGGGGGAUAAGGGGAAAGGGGUUCCGGUUUUUGUGAUGCUUCCACUGGAUACGGUGAAACCAGGGGGCGGGAUGAAUAGGAGGAAGGCGAUGGUGGCGAGUUUGAAGGCGCUGAAAACCGCCGGAGUGGAGGGGGUGAUGGUGGACGUGUGGUGGGGGAUCGUGGAGAGGGAGCGGCCGGAGGUGUACGAUUGGAGCGGUUACGAUGAUCUGAUGGAGAUGGCUCGCCGGAUUGGGUUGAAGGUUCAAGCUGUCAUGUCUUUCCACAAGUGCGGCGGUAACGUCGGUGAUUCUUGCACAAUACCGUUGCCGCCGUGGGCGGUGGAGGAGAUGGAGAAAGACCCGGGCUUGUCGUACACAGACCAAUGGGGCCGGCGAAACUACGAAUACAUCUCGCUGGGCUGCGACACUAUCCCGGUGCUCAAGGGCCGAACUCCGGUGCAGUGCUACGCCGACUUCAUGCGCGCAUUCCGCGACCGCUUCGCCUCUCUUCUGGGCUCCACAAUCGUCGAGAUUCAGGUAGGCAUGGGCCCAGCCGGCGAGCUCCGUUACCCUUCCUACCCUGAGCUUCACGGCACCUGGAAGUUUCCCGGCAUCGGCGCCUUCCAGUGCAACGACCGCUACAUGCUUGCCAGUCUCCGCGCCGCCGCCGAAUCCGCAGGCCAUCCCGAGUGGGGUAAUGGCGGCCCCACCGAUGCAGGGGGCUACAACAGCUGGCCCGAAGACGCUCCCUUCUUCCGUCGUGAAAAUGGCGGAUGGGACGGAGACUACGGCCAGUUUUUUCUCUCCUGGUACUCCGGCCUUCUUCUCGACCACGGCGAACGGGUUCUCUCAGCCGCCACUGCUGUUUUCGCCGGCACCGGCGUUAAGAUUUCCGUAAAGGUCGCUGGCAUCCACUGGCACUACGGCACGAGGUCCCACGCUCCAGAGCUCACCGCCGGGUACUACAACACGCGAUUCCACGAUGGGUACAAGCCCAUCGCCGAGAUGCUUGGGCGACACGGCGCGGUGCUGAACUUCACCUGUGUGGAAAUGAAGAAUUUUGAGCAGCCCGAAGAGGCGAUGUGCCGGCCGGAGGAGCUGGUGAGGCAGGUGGCUGCUGCGGCGAUGGGAGCCGGAGUGGGACUGGCAGGGGAGAAUGCUCUGCCGAGAUACGACGAGGCGGCGCACGACCAGAUCGUGAAGACGGCAACGGUGGCGGAGGGUGAGGAGAGGGAGAAGAUGGAGGCGUUCACGUACCUGAGGAUGGGGCCGGAUCUGUUCCGUGAGGAUAAUUGGAGAAAGUUCGUGGGGUUCGUGAAGAGUAUGCGGGAAGAGGGACGGUGCAGAGAGAUAGUGGAGAGGGAGGCGGAGAGCUUCGUGCACGCCACCGUCCCGCUUGUCCAGGAGGCCGCCGUCGCCUUAAUGAGUGGCUGAGCCGUCCCCGGCGAUCUUUUUCAUAAAAACUAGAUAUGCAUAGGUUAUUUUGAUCGCUGAAAUAAUUGAAGGAAAUAUAGAAGGGAAGGAUUGGUGCGUUCUCUUCUAUCUUCCGGCUCCUGUGCUGUUUAUUGAACAUGCUUAGAUGUUAGUAGGUUCAAUUACCUAAGCGUAUUUGGCCAAAAAGGAAUUUAUUUGAAGAUAAUAUGUACUCUUAUUUUGGGGGAUCUUAGCUGGUUGCUUAGGAGUAUUAUGUGUGGAGCUGUUGUUGUGAAGAAUUUUUUUUAUAGAUAUGGAUGAAGUAAUGUAGUUCUAUUCCUACUAAAA